AUGUCAGGCAUUCCAGCUAACCAGAUUUUUUGCUUGCGCUGGAACAAUCACCAGUCCACAAUCGUUUCGAUCUUGGAGCAACAACUUCGAAGCGAAACUCUGGUGGACGUGACGUUAGCGGUCGAUGACGGUCACAUCUUGAGAGCACAUAAGAUGGUCCUAUGUGCCUGCUCUCCCUAUUUUGCAGAGCUCCUAUCUAGGUCUCCAGACAAGCAUCCCAUUGUCAUCCUUAGGGAUGUCACUUUCAGAGACAUGCAGGCGAUCCUCGACUUCAUGUAUCGAGGAGAGGUAUCUGUGCCACAGGCUUCACUGGACAGGCUGUUUAAAGUGGCAGAGUCUCUGAAGGUGAGAGGCUUGGCCGACGUGUCUUCGAAGGACUCGACUCAUCAUCGUUCUCACCUGACCCUGGAGGAAAUCAUUGGAUCACAGAGUCAACAGUCACAGGAUGGCAUCACGACUGAGCUUCAACAACGCAAUGGAAGGGUGAAUGGGGAAGUGGAAGGGGAGAGAGAUGAGGAGGAUGGAACAGGAGGAAGGAAGAGGACAUUAGAAGAGCGAAGCCCGACAUCGUCUUCAAAGAGACGGAAGAGUCGACCACCUCCUCGCAUCCCGCGUUCCCGAGACAACCUCUCUUCCUCGCCUUGCCCGACCCCAACCCCGACUCCGACCCUGACCCCGACACUCCCGCAAGACCCUCUUGGUCGGUGUACAGACGACCAAGACCAGGAUCAAGAUCCAGGAUCUCUCACCUCUGUCUCAGCUGAUGCAGAAGAACAGUGCCCCCCUGAUGAGGAGAGGACAAUCAUUAAGGUCGAAGUUGAAGAAUCCAGUCCACAGCCACCAACUCCUUCAUCAGAUUCGUCGCUGCCGGCCAUUGCCCUUCCCGUGGGCGAAGGGAGGGAACAUCUCUGGGAGAAGACCCGCGAGGCCUUUCGCUACAUCUACCAGCAUCACUUCCAGGACGCCGAUUGGUUCUUCAAGGCCGACGAUGAC